CGCUGUCCUCCAAUGGGAAACAACCUCCGCGCCGGGUCACGUUGAAGACGUCGUGCUGUAUACCGUUGACGCGCCGUAUCGUUGUGGCGCUCUUCAGCCGUUCAGCUCCAGCAACAGUUGUAGCACCAUGAUGAUGUCGCCCGGCGCAGCGCCGCGUCACAGUUUCGCCGCGAUUUCGAGCACCGGUUGAGCGAGCCUGCCUGCACGUAGCAGCAACGACAGUAGUAGCGCUGGGAUCUAGACCUCGGAGCCCGUCCAGACAGCGCAAGCCGCCCCAUGGGCAGGACCAGCUGCCGGGAUCUAGCGAGGCGUCCGAAGUGAUGGCCGCCAUGUCGCAUGCGCCUGCUCCGGCGCCGCACCAUCAGCAACAGGUGACGUCCGCGGGUGGUGGCGGCAACAGCGUCGGCGAGCGACACGUGGUGCACUGGUUCCGCAAGGGACUGCGGUUACACGACCAGCCCGCGCUCAGGGUGGGUCUUCAGGGGGCGCGCACGUGUCGGUGCGUGUACAUUCUGGAUCCGUGGUUCGCUGGAUCGUCCAAUGCCGGCGUCAACAAGUGGAGGUUCCUCCUGCAAAGCCUCGAGGAUCUGGACGCCAGGCUGCGGAAGCUUAACUCACGCCUGUUUGUUAUCCGCGGACAGCCAGCCGACGUGUUCCCAAAGCUAUUCAAGGAAUGGCGCGUGACUCACCUGACGUUCGAGCAAGACCCAGAGCCGUACGGCGCGAUUCGCGACCAGAAGAUCACGGCGCUGGCACACGAGAUGGGCGUAAGCGUGGUGUGCGAACCGUCGCACACGCUGUACCCGCUGGAGCGCAUCUUGGAGCGGCACGGGGGCAAGACGCCGCUCACGUACCGCCAGUUCCAGAGCGUCGUGGUCGACAUGGAGCCGCCGGCGCAGCCCUUGCCGGCGCCCGAGUCCCUGCCGCGAACGCCCAUCGACGAGGACCACGACGAACGCUUCGCCGUGCCCACGCUCGCCGAGCUAGGUUUUGACAUGGACAAUCUGAAGGCAGCCGUGUGGCCCGGAGGUGAGACGGAAGCGUUAGCGCGGCUAGAGCGACACAUGGAACGCAAGCAGGCGUGGGUGGCGAGCUUCGGCAGCCCAAGGAUGACUCCCAAAGCAUUGCUGGCCAGUCAGACAGGUCUGAGUCCGUACCUGAGGUUCGGCUGCCUGUCGGCCCGCCUCUUCUACCACCAGCUGGCGGACCUCUACAGAAAGAUCAGGAACUCGAACCCGCCGCUGUCGCUUCAGGGCCAGCUGCUGUGGCGCGAGUUCUUCUACUGCGCCGCCACGCGCAAUCCAAACUUCGACCGCAUGCACAACAACCCCAUGUGUGUGCAGAUACCCUGGGACGUCAACGCCGAAGCACUCGCCAAGUGGGCCAACGGCCAGACGGGCUACCCGUGGAUCGACGCCAUCAUGCGACAGUUACGCGAGGAGGGCUGGAUCCACCACGUGGCGAGGCACGCGGUCGCCUGUUUCCUGACACGCGGCGACCUCUGGCUUUCCUGGGAGGAGGGCAUGAAGGUCUUCGACGAGCUGCUCCUGGACGCCGACUGGAGUGUCAACGCGGGCUCCUGGAUGUGGCUCUCCUGCUCGUCCUUCUUCCAGCAGUUCUUCCACGUAUACUGCCCCGUGCGAUUUGGACGCAAGGCUGACCCUUCGGGAGACUACAUUCGGAAGUAUCUGCCGGUGCUGAAGCAUUUCCCCAACAACUACAUCCACGAGCCUUGGACAGCGCCGGAGUCGGUGCAGGUGGCCGCACGAUGCGUUGUGGGUCGCGACUACCCACUGCCCAUGGUCAACCACCAGGUCGCCUCGCACGUCAACCUGCAGCGUAUCCGACAGGUCUACCAGCAGCUCACGCAGUGUGUCAAGGCGCCAGGUCUGUUCCCAAGCCUGCCAUCAGCCUCACCCACAGAGUGCAACAAGCAAAACCACUUCAUCGAUGACCGCAAGCUCAGGACCAAGAACUCCAGGCAGGAAGAUGAAGAGGAAUCCAUGGAAGGUGUGGUCUAGAAGGCCAUUUCCUGGCACAACACUGCUGGGACCCUGAACUUCUGACUCUCCACACUGCCGCCAAUUUGGCUUCAAAUGCCUGGGUACAAAUAUGCGCUGGCCCAGGCACUCUACUUUGGACGUGUGAAUCACACACGGAUUUGAUGCAAAGACUUUGUGUAACAUAUUCUUUGUGACAAAAAAACAGCCUUGCAAGGUACCGAGAUGUUGUUGCUUUGAUUUCUUUCUAGGGAUGCAAGAAUACUGAAUAAUAGAAUUUCGAAGCGAAUAUCAGAAAAUUGAUCACAAUGUUUAUAGCUUCCAAAUAUUGUGCAAGAAAACACAGUGCUGCACAUGCUCAGCAGUCUAUAAUAGCAUUGUGUAACAGGAAUGUUGCAAGCUAUCACUAACUAAGGUAUCUAGGAAUCAAGAUGUACACUAUGGUCUAAUCUUAAAACCAAAUUAGUAUGCCAGCAUCGAUUACAGCUAAGUUCUAUAUGAAGGUCUGGAAAAUAUAUAUUUUUUUCUUAAUAGAACAUCUGCUGAAUAGAAUCAAGUUCUCUUCGCUCUCUGAAGCUGAAGAAGUAGUGAAGUUAGGUUGCACUGAAUAUCCUGUGAAAUUUGUUUAAUAGUGGACCUCAGUUUUAUGGCAAUAUUUUAUUGCAGAGAAAGUAUUCUUUUCUCAUUUUCCUCCAAAAUAUGAACAGCUUUCCUAGCUUUACUGGCAGGUGGGUUUUGCACAUCAUGUGAUUUGAUCACUGCUUCACAUAUAAACAUCAUUGGCACUACGCAUGUCAACCGCGGUCGCACCAAUGGUGAAAAGCAAGUGCCUUUUCAUUGUCGGGUUCAGCGUGAAUUGCCACCUGCCAAAGGUUCUAAAAUAGGGAGGGCCACAGCAAAUUCUUGCUCAAAACUACAAAAAAAGACCGAUUGUGAAUGGCAUCAGGAAUAAGACGCCGCCGUACGGUGUGUCGCGAAGAUGGCAGUCAUAAACAAUUUUGGUGCCAUUCCGUACACUCGUUUUCAUUGAUGAGGCGGUUUGUCAGCUUUCCAAGUAUUGCGCCACUGCUCCAAAUAGAUCUGCGUCAAUUUGGCACUAAUAAGAAACUUUAGUCGCUGACACCUGAUGAAGCAGUGCCGAUUAGAACUGACGGCUUUUGAAGUGGUGUUCAGGUCUGCGAGCAUGCAUACCAAGUUUUUCUGUGCAUUUAAACUCACGUGUGGCCAGAAAGCUCCGAACUGCGUGAAUACAUGUGUGCAAACACGUGUAUCAGAUGCAAUCUGCGUGCCUUCCAGCAGCUAAUAGUUCCAAUCUAUGCACAUACUUUGUGCUUUCUGAAAUACGCAUUGUUUUUGUUCGCCGUUCCCCCUGUCCACAUCAUGUUAUCGUUUCGAUCGGUCCUGCCGACCAAAGAACCUUGUACCGAGUGAGAUUGCAUACUGUAAGAAGGCUGCACGCGUUAAAGGCACCGACCACUCCAGCUGUUCCACUGAAUAUACCAAAUAUUCGAAGUCGAAUACAUAGAUAUUUCAUUUGCAAAUUUAAUUAUUUGAAUUAUCACUAUUUAAUUCGGUGAUAUAUGAGUAUUCGCACACCUCUGCUCCUUUCCUAUAGCCAUGUACACAACAGUUCCAACACAUAAGCAUUCACCUGUAAUAUAUCACAGAACACAAAACUGUCCAAAUUGACAUGGUCAGCAUGGUACGACAAAAUUAUCAGACACCUUCAGCAUAACUUUGUUUACUGAACGAUGAAGCAGCUUUCAAGGCUGCUAAUAAACUCUGGUCUAUGUCGCAAUAGAUAGCAAAAAAUUGUUUUUACAAUUAAUGUGGAACAACUGCAGUGGCAAUGGUUUUUAAAUUUGAUGCUGAGCUGCCAGAGUCUUUAACAUGCUCCGCAGUCACUUGGGAUCUGAAGCACAUGUUUUUUUAGGACAAGAGCAAACACAGCAAAGCAGACAUCGAGAAAGGGUCAUAACCAAUACCAUGCUAUAUUUUCAGCUACUGCAAUUAUAUCAUAGCACUUUAAAUGUCAUGUCACUAUACAUGGCCAAGGAGUGUUUUAUAGUUAUCUUGUAUGAUGAAAUUAGGUAUACGACGUAUGAUUGUGUGGCAACUGCCGAGCAAACAUGAUGCAACUCAUCAUGUUUGCUCACAGCCAGGAUACCAGGACUCCUGGGUGUUCAAUAGGCCACUUCUCAAAUAUAACAACUUUCAGACAGAACCAUCGCAAUCAGAUCACUUUUUUUUUUUUGCUUCUUUCCUUUUCAGAAAAGACAAGUAUACACAGUCAAAUGUUUGGUACACUGUGUAACAUCACUUUCUUAGACCUGCAACUAUUGUCGUUUACAAAGUCCAAAAUGUUUUUUUUUUUUUAAAUACGACUAAACGUAAAGUGUAAGACGAACAGACACCUAGCUUGUUGGUGCAUACCUAGCUUGCUCUCACAGUAAGCACCGCCAUGACAUGCACAUGGACAAUCUGGCACACAUAGGUGACGUGGCUAUCCUGAAUAACACAAAUUACAAGAGAAUUUACGUGUUUACUUGGGAUUUUCGAAGCUGCGAUAUUUUUCUGAGUUGCUUUCUUCACCACUUAAAGUGCAAGAAGCAUCAAUAUCUCAAAGUAAUUUGCUGCACUCAUUACGAUUAAUAGAGUGCAGACUAGGCUUAGACAUUGAAAAAGCUGAGGACAACACUGUUUGAAGGAUGUGAUGUCACACUUUCAAAAAAGAUAGACAAAGUUAAGGAAGCUGUGUGGAGAUUCUGGCUGGAUUUGUAGAACAUGACGAGCGAUAACAGGGUGUGGACUAGUCUUGUUC